AUGGAGAACAACAAGAUCUUGAAGCAAUUACUCUUCCAUGGCAAGAAAACUGUACCACAUGCCUUGAGGCGCGAUAUGUGGCGUCCUUACUUCUCUAUACGAUUCUCUAGAACACCUGCAGGCGCGCAAAAGGGUCUUAGAGUAUACAACGACAUUCGGGAGCUAUCUCUGAGACGGCAACUCGAUCCGCCUAAGGAGUUGACGAAUGCGACCGAGGAAGGCAUCGAAAGAUUCAAGCAAAAUCUUGGACAAAGGAAGUUCGACACGCUAACCAAACAUGAUCAAGGCCAAAGAGGAGGGAGACACAAGCAUAUCGAUACUCCGGUGCCUGGCAGACGCCUGCCUCAGAAUGUAGUCGCGCGUCAUCUCAUGAAUCAAAGAAGCACAGCAGUUGCUGAUGUUGCUGCCGUUCUUACGAGAAUGAAUGAUCCAGAUGAGAUGACUCCUCAAGAGCUCCUUGAGGUAGACAAGCACAAUCAGCAGGUCCGACAGAGAUUUCUUACCAAAGGUGGACGACGUAGUCUUCGUGAGACCAGAAAAUCAGAAGUGGAAAAGGCAGAGGAGCUUUUGGUUCGAGAGGAGAGCCUGAACGUUCGUCCAGGCCAGGUCAAAAUUGAUAGACAUACUCUUGCUAGGAUCAGUACCGAGUAUGAGGGUGCCAUCAGCCUACGUACUGACACAAGCAAAGAAUCUAUACUAGGUUUGUUUGACGAGAUUCAGAAAGAAACUCAGAAAGAGCUCGGACCUAUUCGUGCCCUCGAUGAGGCUCUUGCAAGCAUGAAAGACGAAGAACAAGCCAAGACCAAGGAGCUGGAAGCCCGACUAGUCCCAGACGUCGACAGAAAGCUCACUCAACUAUCAGAAUCGGAACGAGCAGAAGUGGACGCUCAAAUGGAAGAGGAGAGGGCUCGGCGGAAUGCAGAGGUUGAAUCUCAAAUGGCUGCUAUGCAGGCGGAGGCCAGCAAGCAGAUAGAAAGUCUCCAGAAGGAAAUCGAGACGAUCCCCAGCAGCGAGAAACACAAUGCUAAAGUCAUGCGCACCAUUCAGCGCGAGGCAAAGUGGCAGAUCGCUCAGCACAAGAGAAAGUCCUAUAACAGCCCAUGGGUUGGUCCUUACAACUCCGUGGGAACUGCAAUCGAGCAAGGCUGUGCAGAAAUACGUGAGCGUUGGGAGCCUCGUCUGAAAGAGCUGCGAGAGGCUGUGGAAGAGCUGAAAGAAGCGUGGAAGGAUCCCAAAAAUCACGAGUGCGAUAUCUUCUGGGCUGAUAUUCGCGAUGCACACUAUGCAAAUGAAUGGCCAGACUCUGUAUACCACACCUUAAUCGAGAACAAGGCUGUCACCCAAGAACGUGUUUCAGUUGUCCGACAGCAUUUCCACUAUGAUGAGGAAGAAUAUCCUAUUGCUGAGCAACGAGCUGAAGUGGCCAUUCCGCGCUCGAACUCGGUCCAUGUUUUCGGUACCGAAGUUCGUGGAGAGGUUGGUCGAUAUGUGUCACCGGAGGACACUGCUAGGACUGCUUUUGAGGCUCGAGAUAGGAGGAUCGAUGACUGGACACAAACGACCAUGGUUAUGAUUCGUGCGAAAAUUGUGGAGCUGCGCGUAGCGUCGACUGAGUUGGAGGCAAGGUUUCGGGGAUCAGAGAUCGACGCUGAGGCUAUGCCGUAUCUAAACGCUGUACUCGAGCGUAUCCCAUUGGCUCAAGAAAGUUUUGAUAUUGCCUUGAAAGGUCAGGAGAGAGGCUCUGCCCAGGCAUGGAGUGAAAUGCACAGGUACUUGGACGAAGCAGAAGGUUACAUGCCAGAAGCUCGUAAAGAAGUAUUGAAAAGUGGAAGUGUCGUCGAGAAGGCGAGAGCAGAUUGGUUGGAGAACCAGAUUCAGCUCCUUCAACUACAGUGUCAGAACCCAGAGGCGGGAGAGAGUGCAGACCUGCUGGAGGACUACUUGAAAGUUAUCGACGAACGAGAACAAAUAAUCCAGUUGUUCGUCAACAAUGCCGAGAACCAGAGGGCUUACGACAGCUUGAAAAGUUUCGAUGCUCAGCACGGCUACAUAAGCGAUGCUGCAGAUACUGCUGAAAUAGCCGAGAUCAAGGACAGACUCGCGGAGCAAGAAGAGAGUUUAUUCCAAACAAGGGCCAAAAGCAUCGUCUCCCCUCAGGACGAUAUCGUCCAGCUCAAGAGACAAUUAAGCAGAUUAUAUGCAGAUCAAACGGGGACAAGGGAGAGCUUGAGACAGAACCAUGAGCUCUGGAUGCAUUUCAAGAGAGAAAAGGCGCCGCAGUCAGUGGAAGAAGGCGGCUUCGGAAGAGCUGGUGAGCCAAACAUGCGCGGCGAGCCAUCACAGGAGGCAGUAAAGAAGGCUGCUGAAGAGCCCAAGUUACCUUUCUGGAAGAGGAUAUUUGGACGCAGGUAA